AUGGCGGCAUACAGUGCUGAAGGAAAUGAAGCUGAUGCACAGAUUGUUUGUUGUGUCUUGAUGCGUUGUUCGGCCAGUAAUCGCCAUGGAUCGCGUGCUUUCAAGGACAUCACCAUACGCGUGCAGCCAACACCAGCUUCCAACCUUCAGGAAGAGUCGGCAUCUUCGUACGGCAUACACCUGUCAAUGGAUGAAGAAAAUUGCCUCGUAGUAAAGUGCACGUCUCUGGGACAAACCCGCAGCACGCAGCACUUCUUGCGCAUCAACGGCCGCAAUCCCUCCCUCGUGCCUCACUACCAGCAACAGGUGAACGGAGACAUCAAGAACUGCGACGUGGACUACAACAGCGACAGCGGGCUGUACCAGUGCACGGCGUACCCGUCGUACAAGACCUACCGCAAGCAGGUGUCGGCAUCAGAGCUGAGGGAGAUGAUGUCAACACCUGUCGAGACUACGUGCGACAUGCGCGGCGUACAAGGUGAACUGGCCACGGCUCAGUCGCAGCUGAGGAUAGCAACCCAAGAGAACAGGGACCUCAGGGCUGCUCUCCAGGCCUUGCAGGAUCAGAUGAGAGGGGCCUUGCAGCGCAGUGAGCAGGCAGCCACACCAUCACGGCUCGCACCCAGUGAAGAUAAGGACAACAGGGCUAGCGCAGCCUUGGCGACCUGCGAGAACAAGCUGAGUGGCGUGCGCAGUCUGGUUCGACCAUGCCAGUAGCC